AUGCAUAAAUUAACAUUGAAAUUUUUAGACCAAUCAAUUGAACAGAAAUACUAGCUAGAAAAUCAAUCUCCUAAAAGAAGAACACACUUAAAAAUAUUUUUAUCAUUUUUUAUAGUACUUUAGAUCAUUAAGCUGAUUAUUGCUUUAAUAAUAAAGAAUUAUGCAACAGUCUACCCUACACUUGGCAUGAUGGGAUGCACAGCUUUUUCGAAAUUCUUUAAUUACAAUAAAGAAAAUCAUUAACGGGCCUUAAUUAUUUACAUUAACAUUUGCUUUACAAUUUAUGUUGUCUUUUUUGAUCCUCAUUUAGAUACUCCCACUAUGUAUUUUAGAGGUGCACAUUAAAUGGCCAUUAAUAUAAUUAAUAUAUUAGGAACUGAAUUUAUAGAUUCAACCUUUACUAUUAUUGCGUUGUAUUUACUUAGAAUUUUUCACUUUAUCUAUAAUUCUUCUAGUGUUGACAUUACAACUGUUUUAAUGGGCUUAAGUGCUAAUAUAGCUUUGAUUAUAGUUUUCUAUUUUUAUCAUAAAGCAAUUAGAUCAUAAUUUCUCUUAACGAAAAUCGAUUAAAGAUGGGAAAAUAUAUUAAAAUAAAUUCUUCAUAAUUAAAAAUUUAUCUUAAUAAAUUAUCAAAUUGAAAAAUUGCAAUUUUAAAGUAUAACGUCAACAUUUUCUUAAACUAUUUAAUCAGAAGAGCAGGUUCUUAACUUUAUAAGGAAAGCCAAGGUUGAAAAUAAUACUUUGGANCUCUUCAUCAAAGUAAUCCUUAAUUAAUAUAUCAUAAUAUUCAGAUGA